AGAGAGGAGGGUGCAGAGUCAGGGAUACAGUAGAGAGAGAGAGAGAGAGAGAGAGAGAGGGAGAGAGAGAGAUGAACAAUAGUCUGCCAAUACAGAUUUAUCUCUUCUGCUCUAAUUCACCGGCAACAUAAUAUCACAGGUCGAUAUAUCCUUCCUCUCUCUCUCUCUCUCUCUCUCUCGUCACUCUCUGCCUCUCUCCACCAUCCGCACAAACACACGCACCGCAGCCGCCAGCCUGUAUGCGUCCCUCCUCGCGCCAGCGGGUGGCCGCCUGGCUGCUCGCGCUGCCGUUGGGGAGAGGUAGGGAGGAAUGCGCGCGCCGCGGCCGCCUGGAGAUGAUCUCGUUUUGGCUGCUGUGCUGGAAACUGUUGAGAGCCACAGCUGGGCUAAGGAGGACCACAGCUGAGCUAACGGACGGUAACCACAGCAACGGCAGCUCCGGCAACAGUACCCCUGCCAACAACUCUUCAACCCCAAUACAGCCAACGGAUCCAGUUACCAUGGAAAUCAGCUCAUCACCACCACUAACUGACCUGGAAAGAGAAAAUCUGGUUAGCUGGCAUAGUCAGGAAGUUGAGGAACUCCAUUACCCAGAGGUCCAUGGGAGUCAGCAGCCAAUCAUGGAUGAGCAGGAGGAAGACAAGGCAGCAGAGGCAGAAAGAGGAAAAACAGAUGGAGAUGAGUGUGACUAUCUUGUUUUUGAGAUUGGAGAACAGAGGGGAAGGGAAGAAGUGGGCGAUAGCGAAGGGGGACUAAAGACAGAGAGAGGAGGAGUGGAGGGGGAAAAUGUGGGAAGAGGAGAAACAGAAGUAGACGAUGAAGGGAGAGGACAAACAGAGGCAGAACGUGGUAGUCAAGGAGCAAGAGAGAGGGAAGAACGGGAGAGAAGAGAAACUAAGGCAGAAGACAGUGAGGAAGUAAAAAUAGAGAGUGAGGAAGGAGGGAUUAAAGAAACAGAGAGAGAAGAUGGAGGAAGAGAAGAACCAGAAGAAGAGGAAGGAGAGAAUGUGGGAGAGAUGAAAGAUGGUGCUCUGGCAGAACUCCUCUUCAUUUCCGACAGCUCAGUGUGUCCGUCAUCCGAGCCCCCGAUUGUCACCUCUGACUCUUCAGAGCCGCCUGCAGUGACCAUGUUGCAGGAGGCCUGGGGUCACGACCCCGGCAACAGAGAUGACCUUAGCGACAGUCACCUUAGCGACUGCCUCCAAGCUGAGCUGGCUAUUGUGUACUCGGACAGCGACGCAGGGGAGGAAUGGGUGGCCUUUGCACCUUGUGAUGUCACCAACCAGGAAGCAGCAUGUGAAGGGAUUCAUGAUAGUGAUGGACAGAGCAAGGAAGAAGAGAGAGAAAGAGAGAAUGAGGACAGAAUGGAGGCAGAAAUAGAGACAGAGGAGCAGAGAGAGGAGGAAGUAGAGAAGGAGCAGGAGGAGAGGACCAGAGACAGGGAAGAUGAUGGCGAAGAUGAAGAGCAGAUGAGGACAAGGAGAGACCUUUUCCUGCGGUCUCCUUCUGUCAGUUCUACAGCCAGCUCCACAGACCCUGACAGGAGGGUUCCUGGAGAUUUCUGUGUCCAGCAGGACACCCUCAGUGAAAAUGUCUCCACUGAGCAUGUGGACUUUCUGAUGGCUCGCCAGCAGUGGAAGAAGAUGGAGGAGGAGGUAAAAGGUCAGCCAAUCCCCAAACCGGGGCUCAGAGCUCAGGGAAGCUUCCAGGGCACUCACACUUCACUGUACCCACCUACCCGCAGCCCCCGACUCAAACACAGGGAGAUCCAUCCUUCAGUGCCUCGGGAGCCCCCCCUGUCCUCCACCCUGUCUCCAAGUUCAGAGGACUCAGGGCUGGAUGACUCGUCAUACCGCAGCCCCCUGGAGGAGCCAGAGACUGCGGUGGAGAGAGAGAUCCGACUGACUCUAGAGAGAGAGGAACGGCACCGCAGGGAGAGGGGGAUGAUUGCUCAGGGCUUGACUAUACCCAGACCAUCCACCCUGCAAACAGGACGAUCUCCACCCAGACCUCCAGCCUGCCGUACCCCUACCUUGUCCAUCUCCCCAUCCCCUUCCUGCUCCUCUUCCCUUCCCCGAUCUGUCUACCAUGAAAUGACAGCCAAUAAUGUCAUUAUCUUGGAGCCGGACUGCUCAAGCUCCACCUCCAGGAACCGCCUACUGUCCUCUGCCAUCGGAGGCCUCUCUGAUUGGCCAACAAGCGUAGAUACGGUUCCCUCUGCCAACGUUAUUGUAGUGGAAACCUCAAAUCUGAUCAUUCGUAGCGCUUCUGAGUUCUGCCUAAGCUCUGCCCCGGUGUCAGUAGAAGCCCAGGAGAGCACUUUCUCAUCAAAUCCCUUUUUUAAGCUACGUUCACUCAGCAGCCAGUCGCUGGUGGAGCAGGAGAUCCGCAUCGUGAGGCAGAGGGAGGAGGAGUGGCGGAGGCAGAGAGAGGAGAUGUGGAGGAGGAGGAGGGAGGAGGAGUGGAGGAGAGGGAGAGAGAGAUAUGAUACUGUGCUGGUGUCUCCGGGCCUCAACGAUAACAUCAGUUACAAUGUGCCAGAAGUUCCAGACAAAUGUGUCUCCUCCCCAUCAUCCCCUUCCAGGACCCGAAAAAUGGAACGAUCCAGUUUGUCUUGUGAUCAUAAGAUCCAUCUAUCCAUCCAUCCAUCUAUCCAAUAAUCUCAGCUCCGGUGUUUUAGCUGAUUCUCCACCUCCCUCCAGUUUCCCCCUUCCCUCUCCUCCGUGCCGCGACGACAGAACACCAUGGCGCAGCGAUGGGAGGCCUCCCUGUUAGCCAAUCAGAAGAAGGAGUGAGCAACAAAUGACAACGCUAAACCGUCAGCCAUUUUAAAGCCAAUAUUAAAUCUUACUCGUUCUGUUCAGGUAACUCAAACAGUUCUUCUCUGUUAGCAGUCAUUGUCGACUGCAAUGUUUGUCAGAACUAUAGGUUAGAACAAAUGGAUGAAUGUUUCCAUGGGAUUCCGCGUGAGGAGAGUACCGCUUCUUCCAAUGAGUCUGGUUUCAGAGAUGAAGAUUAAUUACCUAGUUUGAGUUUCCAAACUGUUUCAAUGGCUGGAAAAGUUGAGGAGUCCUGUUUUGAAAUCAGAUUGGUCUUUUGCAUGAUGUCAUGAUGAAACAGUGUGACUGUAUGACACAAUGAAACUGCCGGUCGUGUCACAGUUUGGAUAUUUUUCUUAUAUAUAAUAACUCUGUGGACUUCUAGGCACCAUUCCCAGGUGUAUUACAAUAAUAAGUGAGUAUAAAUUGCAAUCAUAAUAACACCACUUAUAUUUUAGCUAAUCUUUCAGAGCACAUGUCAAAAUCUGCACUAUACUCCUUAAAUAUUUAAUAUUCACUGCACUUUGGUGUCUGGAUGUUAUUCAAUUGUGGUACUAGUACAAUUGAUAUGUAUUGAUUUUUUUUUGACUGACUGUAAUGCAGUGAUUUUCAAACUUUUUCUGGGCAAUCACACUUUCAUUUUAGAUAUUAAUUUAGUAUAUAUUUUAAAGUGACAGGAUACAGCAUUUAUUUCAAAAUGUUGUAGCUAUGCAUAGAGAUUUGAGAAAGUAUAUGCAAAAAUAAUUUUACAUAUUGCGUUCAAUUCAUGUAUUUUAAAAAGUGCCAACCCAGACUUUGAAAAUCACUGCCUUAGUGGAAUGUUAUAACGAGCCAUUGAUUAAGAGAGUUUGGAUGUCCCAGGUUUGCGUGUCAGCCAUGUUGGCUAAACGGCUGCUAACCAAACACUAUUUGGGUCACAGUUGCACAGAGUAGUUUUUGCCUGAGGAAGACAUUUGUCACCAAGAUAGAGUAUAAGAGUGGCAUAUAGUUUUGUGGGCUUCUCAUAAUUAAAGUGGAAAAUGGAAAUAUGCCCUAUUUUUUGAUAAUAUUGUAGUUUCAAAGUUGCACACCUUGCUAGUUUUCUUCACUCCUUCGUCAGCAUGUACAUUUUUAAUGAAAGCAGUUGAUGUUUUACACAAAACCAGCAAUGGCAUAAGUUGAACCUGAGCUCAGCUAGCUACCUAACAUUAAACAUGCCCAGACACACACAAACCAAACAUCAAAUAGAAGUAGCCAUUUGUCAAGGCAGCAAUUAUUGACUAAAGAAAUAUACAGGCUCUGAUAUUCUAUUGAAAAGAAAUUCUGUGACAUCUGAGAACUUCUGUGGUCAGACUGAAAAGUGAAUGGGUCCACAUUCAGUCUAUGCUGUGCAAACUAAGGAGAAGUCCUGUUUUGUAUGUUUCACUUCACCAAAAAAUCCACAGUUAUCCCGUAGGUAAAUGACCAUAUCUCAUUAGCAUACCGAUUAUAAGAAGAAAGGAGAGAAACCAGCCAACUCACACAAGCACGUUCCAUUUGGGGCUAUUCAGUUCAAUUCAGUUUAUUUAUAUGGCGCCAAUUCACAACAAAAGUUAUCUGAUGCCACUUUCCAAUUAGAGCAGGUCUAGACCAAACUCUUUAAUUCAACUUUGUAAUA